AUGGACAACGAGCUCUUGCGCGUAUGGCUGCUCGUCCAUGAGCUCAGCGACCAGCUCGCCCAGAACCAGAAAUUCACAAAUGCGCUGCAGUCUCAGGCUGACGUGCUCAAGGAACAGGCAAGCCAUAGCGGGACUGGUUUUGCGCUGAGGCGAUUCAAUACCGAUAUCUCAAAGGAGGUCUUCGAGUCAGAACUCGAGCGCAUGAACGCUCAGAUCAUAAUAGAGAACCAAACCUUCCUGCACGAAAACAAACAGCUCAGCCUCCUCCUCAAAGAGUACGAAACCACAAUGGAAACCAUCAUGACCAAAUUCCGGAAUCACGCCUUGGCCGCACAGCAGCACGAGCUGACAUUGACGCGACAUUACGAAACCCUCCUCCUCGCCCGCGAAUCCCAAACCCUCUCCUCCGACCUCUCCUCCGAAACCAACGUCUCCAUCGCCCUCCACCGCCUCUCCAAACACCUCCGCAGCCUCCUCCGCUCCAUGGCAGGCGAAGACCCCUCCCCCUCCCCUCCCUCCCACCCCAACGGCGACGGAACCGUCAGCGGGAACGAAGGCACAGACGACACCCCCCUCGAAGACAUCCACGCCCUCAUCCAAGCCCUCGACGACGACGCCUGCACCUCCGCGCGGGACGACUGGGCCCUCGAGCGCGAAUGCGAGAUCGCCCGCCUCGAAAGGGAGAACGAGCAGCUCCGGCGCCUCCUCGGCAUCGACCCCGCCACCCUCGCCCAGAACGGCGUCUCCCUCGACCUGGAGAGGGACGACGGCGCGCGGUACGUCUACGCCACGCUGGCGUCGCGCAAGCGCUCCGAAUCGGCCUCGGGCUCGGGGCUGGGCUUGGGGGCGGGGUUGGGCGACGCGAGGGCGGGGGCGGGGGGGAUGGUGUUUGCGAGUGGGGAGCAGCGGGAUGUGUGGGGGCAGACGAUGCCUUCUGCCUACGGACCCGAGAGUGGGAAUGAGAUGAUGGGCGGCGGGAAUGGCGGCGGGAUGCAAGACCGGAACCAGAACCAGAACCAGAGUCAGAGCCAAUUUCAGCAGCAGCAGCAGCAGCAGCAACAACAUCUCGGGAACGGCGUCCCCCUCCAACGCGUCGUCGACAUCCCACCCGGCGGCGGCGGGAUGCGCAUCCAACCCCGUCGACCGCCCAUGUUCACGCGCGGCUCUGCGCCGCCCGCCGCCAUGAACCCCGGUCGAGGCUCGAGUCUCCUCUCGCAGUGGCCGCAAGCGGUCAUGUCUGAGCGGCUAUGGUCACAGACGGGCUCGACGCUUGAUUUGAGUCGGUGA